AGAAAGAAAAACAUCUCCCGAUACGCACACGGCGCAGUCAAGUCAACGCAACACUCGCCCGAGACCGACGCCGGCAGUGCCGCACGCCGCCUCCGUCUCUUCUUCCCCACCCUACCCUACCCGCACAUCCCCGCCGUCGAUCUGCUCAGCCCCGCCGCUGUUCGAUCUCCUAAGCUCCGCCGCCGUCGGCCGUCACCACGCCAUCCAUCAUCGACGCUGGACCACGGCGAGGCGUGGAUGCCCUCCAUGGCGGGAGCUGGGAUGAGGGCGUCCAUGACAGGCGGGAGCUGCGUCCUCUCCCAGCCUCCCACCUCCCCCAUUCAGCGGCGGACAGCGGCCCGGCGUGCCGCGUGCCGUGCUUGGACGCUCCGGUGAGGGAGGCGCUCGUGCCAUGCCGGCCUGGCCGGGCCAGCACAGGGCCGGGCCGUGCCGUGCUGGCCCGAUUCAGCCCAAGUCGCAGCAUUUUGCCGGUGCUGAUCGGCGUACUGUCCCCUGGCGGCCACCUUCCUCGGCCGGGGACAAGUUCGUCCCCGGGGCCGCCGCUGCUGUACGGCUCUUAUCCAGACCCUUUCCCGAUCUUUCUGCUACAUCGCAGAGAACCAGAGCGUGAGAUUUCAAGUAUGUUGCCAGCCAUUGAGGAGCCCCUUGUUGGGGGCAGCAGCAGCACCGAGGAGAGCUUGGUGGUGACCGAGGUUAAGAAGCAGCUGUACCUCGCCGGGCCCCUCAUCGCCGGAUGCCUGCUGCAGAACGUCGUGCAGAUGAUAUCGGUCAUGUUUGUCGGCCAUCUCGGCGAGCUCGCUCUCUCGAGUGCCUCCAUCGCCACCUCCUUUGCCGGUGUUACCGGCUUCAGCUUGUUGUCUGGCAUGGCGAGCAGCUUGGACACACUGUGUGGGCAAGCCUUUGGAGCAAAACGGUACCAUCUGCUCGGCAUCUACAAGCAGAGGGCCAUCCUUGUGCUCACUCUGGUGAGCGUUGUGGUUGCGGUGCUCUGGGCGUACACCGGGCAGAUCCUCCUGCUCUUCGGCCAGGACCCGGAGAUUGCCAUGGGGGCAGGGAGCUACAUCCGGUGGAUGAUUCCAGCUCUGUUCGCUUACGGACUGCUGCAGUGCCACGUCCGGUUCCUCCAGACACAGAACAUCGUCCUUCCGGUGAUGGCGAGCGCAGGCGUCACGGCACUAAGCCACGUGCUUGUGUGCUGGUUGCUGGUUUACAGGCUUGGACUGGGCAACAAGGGUGCUGCCCUGGCCAAUGGCAUCUCCUACCUGGCCAAUGUCUCGAUCUUGGCUCUCUACAUCAGGGUCUCUCCAUCCUGCAGGAGCACCUGGACAGGCCUCUCAAAGGAGGCAUUUCGCGACAUCCUUAGCUUCAUGAAGCUUGCCGUGCCAUCUGCGCUCAUGGUUUGCCUAGAGUGGUGGUCGUUUGAGCUGCUGGUACUUCUCUCUGGACUUCUCCAUAAUCCUAAGCUCGAAGCAUCGGUGUUGUCCAUUUGCCUAAACACAAGUUCAUUGGCAUUCAUGAUCUCCUUGGGGCUUGGGGCAGCCAUAAGCACCCGUGUUUCAAACGAGCUUGGUGCUGGGCGACCUGAAGCUGCCCGCUUGGCUACUCGUGUGAUCAUGGUUCUGGGUCUCACGGCGGGUCUAUCAUUAGGACUUAUUAUGAUUUCGGUACGCAAUUUAUGGGGGUAUGCAUACAGCAACGAGAAGGAAGUGGUGGAAUACAUUGCAAGAAUGAUGCCGCUUCUUUCCGUGUCAAUCAUCUUCGACAAUCUGCAAUGUGUCCUUUCAGGUAUUGUUAGGGGCUGUGGCUUGCAAAAGGUUGGUGCUUGUAUCAAUCUCAGCGCAUAUUACCUUGUCGGCAUUCCAGCGGCGCUAUGCUUUGCCUUUGUCUACCAUCUUGGCGGAAUGGGGCUGUGGUUCGGAAUAAUCUGUGGGAUAGUGGUACAGAUGCUGCUGCUGCUGGGCAUCACCAUGCGCACCAACUGGGAUAAAGAGGCUCUCAAGGCAAAGGGCAGAGUUUUCAGUUCGUCCGGGCCUCUAGACAUGACGACAUGAACAUGGAACAUGAAGCAUACAUGCUCUUGGCCAGGAGUAGGAGCAGGACGCUAACUGGGCAAAGGAGAUAGGGAACUCGUUAAGAAUUUACAAUUGGUCACGGCUUCGUCUCCAUGUCACCAGAAUGGCGCACAAAAUGAUCUGUUUUGGUGGUUUUUGUCGAAGGCGUGAGAUGGGAUGAAUGUUUCCACAGGCAAAGGCAUGGCAGUCACUUGAUACGGUAUAAGGGAAUAAAUCAAUAAAGUAAAAAUGUAGUGUUUACCAGAAAGUCCGCGAGAUAAAUGCACCAUUCGUCAAUGAACUCUCGCGGGAUGAGAACAUUGGUCACACAUAUCCACAAAUAUGUAAAAAUGGUCA